UGAGAUGGGCAUCGGCGCUCCGGCGCUGCGGCUUAGAGCCGCUUCGGGACUGAAAGUCAGCUAAAGCGGCGCGCCUCGCUUGGGCAUGGAGCCCGGUUCAAGCCCCACCAGGCCCAAGGUUGAUUCAGCCUUCCAUCCUUUAUAAGGGAGCCUACGUUGUCCGAAGACGCUUCCAUGGUUAUAUGCUAGACACAUGGAACUCUCUUACCUUCCCACUGAAGUGCAGGUGAAGACUGGAUCAAGAGAGACAGUAAUGAAGGAUCUCUUCAGCCUCUGAGGGAUGCCCGGCUGGUUGAUGUGGAACAGCCAACAAAAAAAUUAUCUGAGCAAAGCGAAGAUUUCCUGGAAUCUAAACCAUUGAAAACUCUAAAGAGGGAUCUGGACAUGCAUCAGAAUAGUUUCACGGAAGAGAUCUGUUUUGACUAUGAGAGCAGCCCUCGGAAGAUGUACGCGAACGACCGGCCGUUUAAGUGUGACGUGUGCGAGAAAAGCUUCCGCCACAGUUCCAGCCUGUUAACCCACCGAAGGCUACAUACUGGGGAGAAACCAUAUAAGUGCACCGACUGCGGGAAGAGCUUCAACACCAGCUCGGCGCUGAUCGUGCACCGCCGGACCCACACCGGAGAGAAGUCCUACAUCUGCUCAGACUGUGGGAGGUGUUUCAGCGAAGGUUCGGUGCUCAUCAAGCACUGGCGGAUCCACACCGGGGAGAAGCCGUACAAAUGCGCCAUUUGUGGAAGGGGCUUCCGGCAGAGCUCCCAACUGCGGGCCCACGAGCGGACCCACACGGGGGAAAAACCUUAUGAGUGCCAGGACUGUAGGAAAUGCUUCAGCACAAGCUCUAAUCUCUCGGCCCAUCAACGGACCCACACGGGGGAAAAACCAUACAUCUGUCCUGAGUGCGAUCGACGGUUUGGUCACAAGUCGCAUCUCAUCUCCCACCAGAAGACGCACACCGAGAAGCUGCACACUUGCUCUGACUGCCCAGCAACCUUCCGCAUGCUCCAUCAGCUCCUGGUCCAUCGCAAGUCUCACCAGGAAGAGAGGCGGUACAAAUGCCUCCUGUGUGGGAAGACUUUUAGCUACAGCUCAGCCCUCUUGGCACACCAGAGGAUGCACACUGGGGACCGGCCAUUCAACUGCCUGGAGUGCGGGAGGAGUUUUGUCCGGAAUUCAGACUUGAAUAAACACCAGAGGAUCCACACAGGGGAGAAACCCUAUGAGUGUCCAGAGUGUGGGAAGAGAUUUAACCAAAGCUCCCACCUGGUUAGCCAUCGGAGAGUCCACAUGAAAAGCGCUACGAAGAAUCCUGGCACGGAUGUCCCCACUCCAAGGGGACGACAAAUAGUGUCGUCCCGAUGAGCUCUUUUGCAACAUUUCUUUGUUGAAAGUCUAAAUCAGAGAUCUCCAAACUUGGCAACUUUAAGACUUGUGGACUUCAACUCCCAGAAUUCCCCAGCCAGUAUGGAGAAUUCUGAGAGUUGAAGUCCACAAGUCUUAAAAGUUGUCAAGUUUGGAGACUCCUAGUCUACAUUAUGAAGGCUGCAGUUUUGUGCUCCUUACAGGAGAGUAAAAUCUCAUCCCAUCCAGUGGGACUACAUUCAUUACAGGUAAUAAAAAAUAAAAUUAAGACUCUUGUGGGUUUUUACGCCACACAUGAAAACAAAAGAGAAUUCUGCUUCAAGAGAUUUCAAAUGAUUCAUUAAAUGACAAUAGGUCACGUGGCCAGGAUAUCUUAUGGAAGCUAAGGUAUAUAUUAGUUGAUGUAAUUGGAACUGUUUUUGUGGAAAGCAAAAACAGCUGCAAAAUCAAGAUACUGUUAUCUGGCUAUUGUUUAGCCCUGUUCUGACUUCUAUUUGUCUUAUGACGCAUGUUUUUAAGCUUAUCAUUGCAACAAUGAGAAUUUAUAAACU